AUUGAUCAAGGAACUGUAGAAUUAUUUUAACUCUCAGGAACGUGAAGAUGCAUUUAAGGAGAACAGCCGCAAGGCCUGAUGUCCAAUCCAAUUCAGCUCCUCAGGUCGAGAAAGUAAAUAUGUCGAUAAGUACUCCUAGUACUACAAGUACUCCUAGUACUACAAGUACUUCUAGUACUCCAAAGACUGGACUCAUUUCGGAAAUAUCUUUUCUUCUGAAUGGAGUAAAAUGCACUGUUUCAGCUGGAGAACAAGGUCCUUCAGUAACCCUGGCUAAAUAUAUAAGAGAGGUUGCGCUACUCACGGGAACAAAGGUAUCUUGUAAUGAGGGAGGGUGUGGUGCCUGCAUAGUUACAGUUAAAAAGCAUGACCAAGAUACACCAAGAUCUCUGAACUCAUGUUUGACUCCAGUGUUGUCCUGUGAUGGUUGGGCAAUUACAACUGUAGAAGGACUCGGAGAUAAGUCUAAUGGAUAUCAUCCUAUACAAUCCAAGUUGGCAGCUGAAGGUGGAAGUCAAUGUGGGUAUUGCUCCCCUGGAAUGGUGAUGCAAAUGCAUGCCUGGAUUUCAGAACAUCCAAACCCAACCAAACUGGAGAUAGAUAACAUUCUAGACGGAAAUAUCUGUAGGUGUACCGGGUACAGGCCAAUACUUGAUGCCUUUAAGUCCUUUGCAGACAAUGUAACAGAUAUUGAAGAAUUGAAAAUCUGCAAGAAUACUGGGAAAGCUUGUCCAGGAAUGGGAUCUUGUGGGACAAUUACUCCAUCCUGUCAUGGCAAAUCAAAACUGAAUGAAUCUUUUGAGUGGUACACCCCAACUAAAGUAUCGGAACUGCUUGAAAUUAUCAAGGGUUUGCCCCAGAAUGCAAAAUACAGAAUUGUUUCUGGAAAUACUGGAACUGGUGUUUUCAAAAAUGAUGGACCCUACACUGUCUUCAUAGAUGUUAACAAGAUUGCAGAGCUUCAUGAAACAAGCUUGGAUGCUGAGGUAGUUCUUGGGGCUAACGUAAAGAUCACUGAUGCCAUCAAUCUUCUUGCUACCACCAAUAAUGAAGUUUGGCAAGGAGUGGCAAGCCAUCUGAAGAAGAUUGCUAGUUAUGGUAUAAGGAACCAAGGAUCUCUGGCAGGAAACCUUAUGAUGAAGAAUGCUCAUAAUGAUUUUCCGUCAGAUGUCUUCCUUUCUUUAGAAACAUCAGGAGCUAUGCUAGAAAUUGUGAAUUCAGAUGGCCAACUAACAUCAAUUGCUGUUGGAGAAUUACCAAUGUUUGAAAUGACUAAUAAGGUUUUGGUGAGAAUUAGAAUCCCACUUGGGGCAAAAUCAAACAAAAAAAAUAAUUUGAACAAGCUUUGGUUGCAAGCAGAGCCUACCAAUAAGAGAGCAGGUCAAGAAUGGAAGUAUAGGUCAUACAAGAUAAUGCCAAGAAGCUCUAAUGCACAUGCCUAUGUGAAUGCUGGAUUUUUGGCUCUUGUUGAUACUUCUGACAACUUUAAAAUCAUUUCCAAGCCAAGGAUAGUUUUCGGAGGGAUCAAUCCAGGCUUUGUUCAUGCCAACGCUACAGAAGAGUUUCUUAUUGGAAGAAACAUGAAUGAUCAUGACAUGUUCAUGGAGGCUCUGUCAAUCCUUGCUGCAGAACUUGCUCCUGAUGAUGAACCUGUGCUAGCAAGUGCUCUUUACAGGAAACAGUUAGCCAUGGGAUUAUUCUACAAAUUUUACCUCUAUGUCUUGGGAAACACUGCAUCAGCUGCAGUACAAUCUGCAGCUGCAGACCUAGACCGAGGACUGUCUUCCAGUUCUCAGUCUUGGGAAACAGAUGAGAGCCAAUGGCCAAUAUCCCAGCCAGUAGAAAAAACAGAGGCUAAGGUUCAGUGCUCUGGAGAAGCUGUUUAUGUCAAUGAUAUUACUGCCUCCAAUGGAGAAGUACAUGCUGCUUUUGUUUUGUCUGGUCAUGCAAACUGCACCAUAAGUGCUGUAAAUGCUGAUGCUGCUUUAGCAAUGCCAGGAGUAAUUGCCUAUCUGGAUGCCAAUGAUAUCCCUGGUAUCAAUGACUGGAAAACAGGUCCAACUCCAGAACCAGUAUUUUGUGCAGGAAAAAGUGAGUAUGCAGGGCAAGCAGUUGGCCUCAUAGUUGCCGAGACAAGAGAAAUUGCUGUGGAGGCUGCUAAGAAAGUAGAAAUUACCUACGGCAACCUUGGAGAAGUUGUAACUGAUACAGAAAAAGCAAUGGAAAACUCAGAGAAUGUAUUAGCAUUGGGACCCCCAGUCUCAUAUGGAGAUGUUUCAACUGCAAUGGCUGCUGCAGACUCUGUUAUAUCAGGAAGAUUUCGAAUGGGAUCUCAAUAUCACUUUCAUAUGGAAACCCAUGUUUGUAUUGUGACUCCUACCGAGGAUGGAUUUGAUGUUGAAAUACCCUCUCAGGAUAUCAAUCAAACUGCGAUAGCUGUUGCAAAAGUAAUGAAGACAACAGUAAACAGCAUUAAUAUAUCAGUAAAAAGACUUGGAGGAGCAUAUGGAGGCAAAAUCUUUCUACAAAACUCUUGUGCUACUGCUGCAGCAGUUGCAGCUAACAAGCUCAGAAGACCUGUCAGGCUUUGGCUGAACCUGGAGGAUAAUAUGAAGAUGCUUGGAAAAAGAAAUCCAUAUGUUUUUGACUAUAAGAUUGGAUUUGACAGCAGUAGGAAGAUAGUUGCAGUUGAAAGUGACAUCUACUCUGAUGGUGGUUGGAAUUUUAAUGCUUGUGACAGCCCAUUUGCAAUUUUCUUUGGUCAAAGUUGCUACCACAUUCCUGCUUUGAAGUUCUCAGCAUUUGGAGUGAAAACCCAUACUCAAUCCCACACAGCAAUGCGAGCUCCAGCCAUGUGCAAUGGUCAUGCUAUGCUUGAACACAUGAUGGAGCAUGCUGCUGCAGAGCUCAAUGUUAGUCCACUAGAGUUGAGGAUGAACAAUGUUAUGGUUCAAGGUUCUCCUGUAAUACCACCACCAAACACACUAGAUGUUCCCUGUCCAAUCAAAGACAUAGUUGAUCAGAUUAAGGUCAGCUCUGACUAUGAUCAAAGAAUUCAAGCAGCAUCUUCCUUCAAUGAGGCAAACAAGUGGAAGAAGAGGGGGAUAUCAGUUGUUCCUAUGAGGUAUGGGCAUGAAAUGAAGGGAUGGGGAAUCAAGUAUCACUGUCUUGUGUCCGUGUUUGCUGAUGAUGGAACAAUUUCUGUUACUCAUGGUGGAAUAGAAAUGGGUCAAGGACUUAAUACAAAGGUUCACCAAGUGGUUGCAAAAGAGCUUGGUGUUGACAUGAGCAUCAUCAAAAUCAAACCUACGAUGAAUGUUACCAAUCCCAAUGGUUCCACAACAGGAGGCAGUGUUGGAUCUGAGAUGAAUUGCGCUGCUGCUAUUAAUGCUUGUGCUAUCCUCAACAACAAUUUAGCCCCAGUGAAGGAGAAACUGGGUCUCAAUGCAUCAUGGCAAGAAAUAGUUGCUGAAGCUAACAGGAGUAACAUUGACCUCUGCGGCAGAGUCAUGUUUUCUCCUGACAAUGAUGCCAAGGUUAAGGGGUACAGUAUCUGGGGUUGUGCUGUUACAGAAGUUGAGGUGGAUAUUCUUACUGGAGAGAUGUUCAUUGUCAGAGCAGAUAUCAUUGAAGAUGCAGGUCUCUCUACUUCCCCACAGGUAGAUAUUGGACAAGUAGAGGGAGCAUUUUCCAUGGGAUUGGGCUUGUGGACAUCUGAAGAGUUGAAGUUUGAUCCUGUGACUGGAGAACUGUUGACCAAGAAUACUUGGGAGUACAAGCCCCCAGCAGCUAAGGAUAUCCCUCAAGACUUUAGAGUAACACUGCUGAAGAAUUCUCGAAACCCCCUUGGAAUAUUAUCCUCCAAAGCAACUGGAGAGCCUGCUCUCUUGAUGUCAGUGAGUGUUCUGUUUGCAAUCAAGGAUGCACUAAACCACAGCAGAAAGGAAGCUGGCCUUAGCGGAUGGUGGAAGUUGGAUGGCCCGGCAACUGUGGAGAAGAUACAUCAACAUGCUGGGGUUAGCCCAGACCAGUUUAUAUUCUAGGGAACAGUUCUUUGAUUUCAUCAAGCAGAGGCCAGAUUUAAUAAAUUUCAGCUAUAAUAUAGAGACGGUUCUGUUCCGUAUUUAGAAUUAGUGAUUCAGACGUUGUUAGGGUUUUCAGAGAGCAUAACGUUUCGCAAAAAUAAAUGAAGCAAAAUUUCACCAAAAUGUUUUUCGUAAAAAUAUUUUCGCAAAAUACGAAAAUUGGAAAAUGAUUUUGUUAAAUGCGAAAAUUUCUCCAAAAUGUGG